AUGGAUCCUUUCCGCGAUCCGCCCGCCGACAGCCUGGCCGCGGCCCGUCUUCAUGUCCAGGCCUUGACGGACUGCGGACUGUCACGAGAAGCGCUGUUGCGCGCAUUGUUGGAGAAUUAUGGUGAUAAUGGCAACGCUGCGAUGGCAGGGAUGGACACAAGCAGUCCGCAGCUGGCUGCGCAACAGGGACAGCAAGUUGUCCAGGAGAAACGCAGCCACCAACCCUUCCACAACACGCGACUUUCCGUGUCGACGACGAGUUCCAAGUCAUCGGGAAGGGCGAGCGUCCUGUCCACGGCGACCUCGAUGAGCUCGGUGUCAUCCCAGGGAGGACUUGGGGGCGGCGUCCAGGAACUUUCGGCCACGCCGCUACCCGCGCCGCCUGCGCCGCCCGUCAAAAGCAACAACCGGGGCAGCUCCAAACCGCAGGGCGCUUACUGGUGCACCUUCUGCGACGUCGCCUUUCAGCGCAAGUUUGACUGGAAGCGGCACGAGGAUGAGUUUCACGAACGCUACAAGCGCUACCCCUGUCCCAACUGCAACCGCAUCUUUUGGGGCGCGAAUACCUUCAAUCAACACCACAAAAACGCCCAUGGGUGUACAACCUGCCCGCAUGCCGAGCGUGUGGUGAAGUACACGCAGAAGAAGACGGCAUGGGCAUGCGGCUUUUGCGGCGGGUUCCUUGCCAGUCGUGACCGCUACUUCGACCACAUUGCCCGGCACUACGAGGAUGGCUGCAACAAGUCACACUGGAACCACUCCCUCGUCAUCUACGGCCUAUUGCAUCAGCCCACGAUCAGCCAAGCUUGGAAAGACCUGGACUCGGAACUCUACGGCCAUUUACCACGCAACCAACAACCCAUGCUAGAAUGGGACCCCAAAUCAACAGGCCACGCUCAGGGGUUCCUCGAGGGCGAAAGCCCAGGGAAGCUCCAAGACCUCCUCGAAUUCUUCAGUGAGAGCCGCGAUGACCCGAAAUUCCUCGCCCGCCUCGCCCACGACUCGGCCACCAUCCGGCUCCGAACCGAGGUCCAGCCGACCGUCGCACCUGUACCACCCCCUACCUCAUCAAGCUCGCGGCCCAUCUCGGAGCCGCCAAAGCACAAAGCCGUAAUGAAGUCAUCCCCCCUAACGAAACACAUGUCCACGCCCCAAGCGCCACCGCCGCCACCGCCCACAGCAUACGACGACGAGCCGUUCCCGAAGAAGCAACGCAACAUUGCACCUCUUCCCUCCAUGUUUCCCAAAAAUAACCCCUUCUUUAGCCCACAACCACCGCCCCCGACACAACAAAACCAACAACAACCAGAACCACAGCAGCAGCCCCUACCACAACAACCACCCCCUCAGGCGGUAAUAUCCCCCUACGGCCAACCAAUGAUGAGCCCCGCCGGAACAGGCGGGUACUACGACCUGGCCGUGACGCACGUGCACCCGCACAUGCAAUUGCUGUCCCAGAUGACGCCGCAGCAGCAGCACCAGAUCCAGCAGCAGCUCCAGCACCAGCAGCACCAACAACAUCAGCAGCAACAACCGCAGCAAUCCCACCUCAUGUCGCCGCCGAUGAAUGUCUAUGAUGACUGGAGCAGUCUGGCCGGGACCGUGGUGGAUGAGUCGGUGUUCGCGAAUGCCCUGGCGAUGGGCUGGCAGCAGCAGCAGCAGCAGCAUCAGGCGGAUAUGGGGAGGGGACAUCCAGGGACGGGGUGA